AUGGCCCAGGGCCGCGGGGCCGUGGUCAGCCUGGUCCUGCUGGGGCUGGGGCUGGCGCUGGCCAUCAUUGUGCCCGCCGUGGUCGUCUCCCGGCACCGCGUCCACUGCGGCCCCCAGGCCUUUGCCCACGCUGCGGUUGCUGCGGACUCCAAAACCUGCUCGGACAUUGGGCGAGCCAUCCUCCAGCAGCGCGGUUCGCCGGUGGACGCCGCCAUCGCGGCUCUGGUCUGCACCGGGGUCGUCAACCCCCAGAGCAUGGGCCUGGGUGGAGGGGUCAUCUUCACUAUCUACAACGCCACCACAGGGAAGGUGGAAGUCAUCAACGCUAGGGAGACGGUGCCCUCCAGCCCCAUCCCGGCUCUGCUGGGCCAGUGCGAGCAGGCCCAGCCCCUGGGCACAGGCGCGCAGUGGAUUGGGGUGCCCGGGGAGCUCCGCGGCUACGCUGAGGCCCACCGCCGCCACGGUCGCCUGCCCUGGGCGCAGCUCUUCACGCCCACCAUCGCGCUGCUCCGGGGGGACUUCCGCGUGCCCACCGUCCUCGCCAGCUUCCUGCACAGCCCCUUCCUGCGCCCCGCCCUUACGAAGUCGUCCCUGAGGCAGCUCUUCUUCAAUGGGACAGAACCCCUGAGGCUUCAGGACCCACUGCCGUGGCCUAUGCUGGCUGCCACCCUGGAGACCGUGGCUGCAGAAGGCGCAGAGGCCCUCUACACGGGGCGGCUGGGCCAGCUGCUGCUGGAGGACAUCGCCAAGGAAGGUAGCCAGCUGACCCUGCAGGACCUGGCAUCCUUCCAGCCUGAGGUGGCGGACGCCCUGGCCAUGCCUUUGGGGGACUACACCCUGUACUCGCCGCCGCCGCCUGCUGGGGGCGCCAUUCUCAGCUUCAUCCUCAACGUGCUCAAAGGGUUCAACUUUUCCGCCGAGUCGGUGGCCAGGCUGGAGGGGAGAGUGAACUUGUACCAUCACCUCGUGGAGACGCUCAAGUUUGCUGGGGGGCAGAGGUGGCGGCUCUGGGACCCUCGAAGCCACCCAGAGGUCCAGAACGCCUCCCGGGACCUGCUGGGGGAGGCCCUGGCCCAGCACAUCCGCCAGCAGAUGGACGCCCGGGGUGACCACCCGCUCGACCACUACAGCCUGGCCGGGGCCUGGACCCACAAGAUGGGCACGGCCCACGUGUCCGUGCUGGGCGAGGAUGGCAGCGCCGUGGCCGCCACCAGCACCAUCAACACGCCCUUUGGAGCCAUGGUGUACUCACCACGCACGGGCAUCCUUCUCAACAACGAGCUUCUGGACCUGUGCUGGCGGCACUCGCAAGGCUCCAGAGCCACCCCCCCGCCCGUUCCAGGUGAGCGGCCCCCGUCGUCCAUGGUCCCCUCCAUCUUAGUCAGCGCAGCCCGGGGGUCGAAGCUGGUGAUCGGCGGGGCUGGCGGGGAACUCAUUAUCUCUGCGGUGGCCCAAGCCAUCGUGAACAAGCUGUGGCUGGGCUUUGACCUGCAAGCUGCCAUCAAGGCCCCCAUCCUGCAUGUGGACAGCAAGGGCCAGGUGGAGUUCGAGCCCAGCUUCAGCCAGGAGGUUCAGAAGGGGCUCCAGGACCGGGGCCAAGAGCAGAGCAAGAGGCCCUUCUUCUUGAACGUGGUCCAGGCCGUGUCCCAGGACGGGGCCUGCGUGCAUGCCGCAGCGGACCCACGGAAGGGCGGGGAGCCCUCGGGCUACUGA